AGACCCUCCAUGUUGGAUGUUCCAGCUCUGCUGCUGACCACUCUGGAGGAGCUCACUGAAGAACAGCUGAAGACAUUUCAGUCUGACCUGACUAGUGUCCAGCUGGAUGGCUUUCCUCCCAUCCCAGAGAACCAGCUGGAAAACGCUGACAGACAGGGCACAGUGGAUCAGAUGGUGGAGAGAUACGACCCUGAGGCAGCUGUGGAGAUCACACUGAUGAUCCUGAAGAGGAUGGACCAGAAUGAUCUCACUAAGAAGUUACAGAGAGAUCACAGAGGUAAAACAACAAGACCAAUGAAUCUGUUCUUUAAAUUUCAGUUCCUUGUUUAUACAUUGAGUAAGUGAAUCAUCAUCUUUCCUUCACACGAGAACAAUUAGCUGACAAAUUUGAAAAUAUAAUGUCUGCAAAUGUCGCGACACCAUGAACAACUGUAGAAAAAAUAUAGACUGUUAAAAAAUCAUAACUGUACAGCUAAAUCAUUUCUGGACAGAAAGAUAAUCCCAAUGUACCUUUUUUGACCAGAGAUCCGCUAAUGAAUCCUCAGCCUGCUGAGUUGAAGGGGAGGAGACAGGUCAAAGAAGGAUUGUUAAUCUUGAGACAAUUGAGACAUGGAUUGUGUAUGUGUGCCAUUCAGAGGGUGAAUGGGCAAGACAAAAUAUUUAAGUGCCUUUGAACGAGGUAUGGUAGUAUGUGCCAGGCACACCGGUUUGUGUCAAGAACUGCAACGCUGCUGGGUUUUUCACACUCAACAGUUUCCCGUGUGUAUCAAGAACAGUCCACCACCCAAAGGACAUCAAACCAACUUGACACAAUUGGGAAGCAUUGGAGUCAACAAGGGCCAGCAUCCCUGUGGAACGCUUUCAACACGUUGUAGAGUCCAUGCCCUACGAAUUGAGGCUGUUCUGAGGGCAAAAGGAGGGAGGGGUGCAACUCAACAUUAGUAAGGUGUUUUCUCUCUCUCUCUCUCUCCUACAGGAAAGAAAAAGGAAAGAAGUGAGUCUCCACUGACCUCACCUUCGCUCAUGCCAUCCUGGCCUGAUCAUGCUUCUGGUUACAAAGCGAUUGAGGAGGAUUGUGUCCGACUGAUUGGCAGUUCUUCUAGUGCCAUGUGGAUGGAGGCAUCAGGCAGCAAAGACACUGGAAUCCAACAGGACAAAGAUGAACUGUUCACGGUGAGGAGGAGAGGAGGAGAGGGGAUGGAGACAGAAGAACAGAAAACAGGUCAACUUGACAUAGAAACAAUCUUCUAUAUUAACAAUAUUUUCUAUCUAUUCUGUUGAUUUGAAUCUAGGAAACCCCAAAGCUGUCAGAUCUAGAUCCAGAGAGGGGACUGGAGAUGGCUAACAGUCUCAACACACAGGUAGCUGUGAACACCCAGGAGAACACCCAGAGGAUGGACGAGGAGUUGGGAAGAGAAAGGGGUAUGACGAAUUUGGUCAAAAAUCUUUGAUCUGUUGUAAUGGCCAGGUAUAUAUGAUUUGAUUAAUGUGGUAUUUCGUUUCCUGACACAAGAACAAGCCAGUUGAUGAGAAAACUGUUGUCUGUCUAGACAGAAAAAGAUUGAAGUCAGAUUUUGCAAUAAAAAAAUUACAUAGUUCCUGCAUUUUGCCAUUGUUGGGCACAGCUAACAUCUUUAUCUGGAACAAUGAUGAAGUUAAAGUUGUAUAGAAAACAUGAUGAUUGAUCUUUAUUUGGUUCUCUUAGAUUCUCCUCUCCUCCUGGAACAACAUCACAUGGUAAGACCCUCACUGGACUGAGAGAAAGACUGAAAGAGAGAAAAUUUGGGUUAUCGAAUGGACAUGGAAAGUUUCAAGUUGGUAACAUAUGGUUGAAACCUUUAUUAGGACUUUGCUUGUGGAAGCCAGAUGAGACAAAAUGGCAUCCCUUGAGAGGGCAAGAACAAGAUGUAUGUCAGGAGAUGUGGAGUAUCAUAAGGAGAUGUAUACUGGGAAUACGGAGGAGGAAUGGAGGGAAAAAGAGAGGCAGAGGAGGUCGAAGAGAGAGAGGGAGGAAGAGGGUGAGAUUGAAUCAGGAGAAGAUGGCGGAAAAAAAGGGAGAUGGUUUGUCAAAGAAGAAUGGUGGAAAGUGUAAACAGAGUGAGCUGUAAGCCGGAUCGAAGACAGGAGGAGAAAUGGAAGUGAAUGAAGGUGAAUUAUCAGAGGUGGCAGGUGUGGUGAAGUCCUCGGAGCCCGAUGCACCGAUGGCCAGGAUAAAGAUGAGUCUGUGAUGGUAGGAGUGACAUUUUGGAGAAAGUGGUGGCGUGAGUAGAGAAACAGAAGAGUCAUUGUCUGGUCUUUUGAGUUUUGACGUUGAGUCUUUGCCCGACAAAGUGAAGUUAGGAUAUUUCAGUUAUCCUGUACGAGCUUGUGUGCUGAAUAUAUUACGUUAUGACAGGUGUCAAGCUUAUGGACAUGUGGCAGCAGUGUGGAGGAGGGAGGUUCCUAGGUGUGAGAAGUGUGCAGAAGGGUAUGAGACAAAAUAAUGUGUAGUAUUGGUGAAAGAAGUGGUAUGUUGUAGGUGUGCCCAUGGGGCUGGGGAUCAGAAAUGUCUGGUGCGAGAGAGGCAGGUUGAGGUUGCCAGAGAUAGAGUAGAGCAAAGGGUGUCGUAUGUUGUUUGUUUUUUUUUUAUCUUCACACUAUUGGUUGAAUUACAGUAUCUAUUGUUUCUACAUUUUAGAGUUCUCCAGAUGAAUUUACACCUGAAAUCCAUGAUCAGGACAACAGGGGAGAAUACCGGUAACUUUAAAUAUUUAAUGUUUCUUAUUGGUAGUUUGUAUAAAAGAAGGACAAUACCUUAAAUCCAGAAAAUCUCACAAAAUGAAAUCCUUCAUUGUUUGUUCUACAGGUUCCAGUGCCCCAGUGCAGGUCUGUUCCAGUGCAGUAUAACAGGCCUGGUGUUUAGGAUGGAGGGAGAGGGAGAGGUGCUCUAUAGGACAGUCCCCUGGAACAGGAGGCUUCUAGCCCAGAGAGGCAAGAGACCUGCAGGACCCCUGUUCAAGUUUACAUGCCUUAAGGGGUCUGUCUGUCAACUACACCUCCCACACUGUGAGAUCUACAAUAGUGAGUAAUAAUAUUGUGAAGAAUUAAUUUCACUUUUCAUGUUUUCUGAAAUAACAUAUUCUCAUUAUUUGCUUAUUUAUUUACUCAUUAUUAUGUAUUUUAUUUUCUGCUAUAGUCUCAGCAUUGUUAUGUUUGUCUUGUUGGUCAGAGAAAUCUCUAAAUGUUAUAUUUCUUUACCAGGUGGUUUAACAUGUGACUUCCUGUCUGUAGCCCAUGUGACUGAUGAAAACAUGGAGUUUAUCCAUCCACAUAAGAUAACAGAAACGCACGUCAUAAUAAAGAUCAGUGGAUUCUCUGCUUAUGGUGACGUCAAGGAUGAAGACUCACCCACCGUUCCUAUAAGAGCACUUGUCUUGUUGUUCUACACACCCCCAGUUGUUCCUAAAAAGAGGUCCAUCCUGAAUGUGCUGUUGCUUCCCAUAAAUGUUGUGAUCAGGGAGGUAAGAAUAUCUGAAAUGUCAAACUCUACUUUGGCUGAAUUCAAUUAAGCACACAUUGUGGUAAAUGCACAGGACAUUAAACCACAAAUUCAUGUUUUGUUAAUGUUAUUGGUUGUACAAUGUUUUCUGAUUGAAACAUACAAACAAAAUGUGAUUUUAUGAAAACAAGGUGCAGGAGGAGUGGAGAAGAAGGAAUGAAGACAGAAACAUCUAUGUUGAAACAAAUUCUCACUGCCAACUAACUCCGAAUCAAGAAUACAACCUCUCCACAGAUCUUACAGAUGAAUAUCUAAUAAAACCAACGGUGAUAUCUGAGUUAGAGAGAGAAUAAUCAUUGUUUGCACAUGCAAAUGAUCUUAUGACGUUACCUUUAUAUAUUUAAUUAUUAUAUCAUUUGAUAGACUAACACUAUCUUUCUACCAGGAUGCAGAAUUUGUGGAUUUUGAAUCCUAUGAAAACUACAUCCCAACAUUUCAGUUGUUCCUACAAACUGUUGUUGAACAAGUUAAUCUUCUUCUGAAAGAAAAUGGUGGUGUAGUGUCUGUCUGGGACAGACUUGUCUGGCUUCCAGGUAAGAAGAAGAAGAAGAAGAAGAAGAAGUAGUAGUAGUAGUUAGUAGUAGUAGUAGUAGUAUUAGUAGUAUUAGCAGUAGUAGUAUUAUUAUUAGUAGUAGUAGUAGUAGGAGUAGUAGUAGUAGUAGUAUUAGUAGUAGUAGUAGUAUUAGUAGUAGUAGUAGUAGUAGUAGUAGUUAGUAGUAGUAGUAGUAGUAUUAGUAGUAGUAGUAGUAGUAGUAGUAGUAGUAUUAGUAGUAGUAGUAGUAGUAGUAGUAGUAGUAUUAGUAGUAUUAGCAGUAGUAGUAUUAGCAGUAGUAGUAGUAGGAGUAGUAGUAGUAGUAGUAGUAGUAGUAUUAGUAGUAGUAGUAGUAGUAGUAGUAGUAGUAGUAGUAUUAGUAUUAGUAGUAGUAGUAGUAGUAGUAGUAUUAGUAGUAGUAGUAUUAGUAGUAGUAGUAUUAGUAGUAGUAGUAGUAGUAUUAGUAGUAUUAGCAGGAGUAGUAGUAGUAUUAGUAUUAGUAUUAGUAUUAGUAGUAGUGUAUGUAGUAGUAGUAGUAGGAGUAGUAGUAGUAUUAGUAGUAGUAGUAGUAGUAGUAGUAGUAGUAGUAGUAGUAGUAGUAGUAGUAGUAGUAGUAGUAGUAGUAGUAUUAGUAUUAGUAGUAGUAGUAGUAGUAGUAGUGGUAGUGGUAGUGGUAGUAGUAGUAUUAGUAGUAGUAGUUUUUGAAUUGUUGUUAUUGAACUAUGAAAUGAUUAUUUUACUUUUGUACCUUUAUUUUAUCAGGGAGUCAUACUGAGACCAAGGUCUCUUUUACAGACGAGCCCUGAAUUAAAAUAUAUAUUGUAUCAUAUGAUUAUGGUUGGUUAUAAUGAUUAAUCACUAUUAUAAACCUCGCAAUAACAAACUAGAGAUUCAUCACCAUUAUAAACCUCUCAAUAACAAACUAAAGAAAAUGUAUCUUAGACAGUAUCUUAUCAUCCUAGAUAGGAUUUUAAUACAUAAUUCCCCCUCCCAGUGUCAGCUGUUUCCCCAGCAGCCCCUCCUGCCAACCCCUCUACCCUCCCUGGUAGAGGCUUCAUCAGAAAUCACAGGACGGCUCUAGAGACUCGCCUGGGAGUCUUGCAGCCUUUAUUCCUGCGUCUCCAGGAUCGUGGUGUUCUGAUUGAUGAGGAGAGGGAGGAGGUUGUCAGCAAAUCCACCAAGACCCAACAGAACCAAGCCCUUCUGGACAUGGUGGUGAGGAAGGGGGGUGAAGCCCAGGAGGAGUUCUACCAGGUCCUGAGAGAAGCAGAUCACUUCCUGGUCAAAGACCUGGAGAAGAAGAAAGCCUGA